AUGCCUUCCGACUCCGGUUCAGAGUAUAUGCUGGUUGACGGAGACUCUUCUGGCUCUGAAUACGUCUCAGAUAUGGAUAUCGAUCCCCUUCUCAGUCUGAGCACAAAUGCUAAACCUGCUAAUGGACAGACGAAACUGGCAAAUCAGGAUAUUCAACUUGCGCUGCUGAUGCUUAACUCAGAUGAUGACGACGACGACCCUGCAUUUUCGGGCCCAAUUAUAUUCUCCGAUAGCGAAGAUGGCCAUGAUGAUUUGGGCGACGGCUACUCUCUUCGAGAUGGUAUCAAGGGUGCACAGGGUUUUAAAAUUCGUGGCAAGCUGAGGUCAGCUGGAGGGUUCCGGCGAAGAGCUAUGAAUGCUGCUGAUCCUGCCAAUGAUCCUGAGAUUAGAAGUCACAUAUCGAAAGCAAAUGAGGCGUUUGUUAUGGGUGAGUUAUCUACAGCGUGGGAGCACUACUCGGAAGUGAUCAAACUAGAUCCAAAAUGUUUCGUCGCAUACAGGACUCUCGGAGAAAUUUGUCAGAUGCGGAAUCAAAUGAAUAAAUGCUGUCUGUAUUGGCUCUUAGCGGCUGAGUGUGGUGAGGCAGAUGACCAGUUCUGGGGAUUGGUCGCUGAGCUAAGUGUUGAGCUAGGACAUAUUACUCAAGCCAUCCACUGUUACACUAAAGCGAUUGCAAAACUGGACGGAAAAUCCGGGCAUUUCAUUUUGGAACGUUCCAUGCUUUAUAAACAAAUUAAACAGUAUGGACGUGCCCUCGAAGGAUUUCAGCGCUUGCAUAAGAUGUAUCCUACUGACAAUUCCAUUGUUAAGAACCUUGCAAGUGUUUAUGUGGAACAGAAGAGAUUGAACGACGCCAUCAAUUUGUAUAUUCGCGUCCUCGAGGCCAACAGAAAUCCUCAGCCUAAUGUCCAGUACCCCAAAUUCAGUUGGUCUGAUUUGAACAUCAUUUCUGAGCUAUUCCAAUCGCAGCAUUCUUGGCGCCCUGCAGUGAAGUUAAUUAAACUUGUGGCAAGGUGGAAACAGAAUCGUGAGGAUGAAACUUGGUGGGAUGAGCAGGAUGAUGACGCAGAAUUUGAUGAGCAAAGAAGAAGAAAGGUCUUAUUCGCUAAGAAGCCGACGCAAACAGAGGCGUUCAUGCAUAGAGGCUUUGAACUUCCCAUUGAUAUACGGUUUAAGCUAGGCUGCUUCCGGUUAGAACUUGAUCAGAAGGACGAAGCAAUAGCCCAUUUCAGAUAUCUAUUCAAACAGUCCCUUGAGGAGGUAGCAGAUCUUUUCUACGAUGCUGGUUGCCUUCUAGAAAGUAAAGGCUACUAUGUGGAGGCCAUCCAAUUUUUGAGCUCGUCUUACACCCCCGAGGAAAACAAAGAGCUCGGCCAUAUUCUUGGAAAGUGUUUGCUAGAAGUUGAAGACUACAUACGCGCAAAAGACACAUUGUUGAAGGCGCUUUUUCUAGAUCCAGAAAAUGUUGAUUUGAAACUUCUUUUGAUCGAGGCAUACUACCACACUGGAGAUAUGAGCAAAGCAGCGAGACUAAUGGAAGAGGUUUCACAAACUCGUGUAUCUCAAAUUAAAGCGCGGACAGCUGCCCAAGGAGAGGAGUCGAUCUAUGAUGAGGAUGACGACGAGGGCCUCCAGGAAGAUAACUUAGCCCUUAUCAAGAAUUCUGUUCACGGUGUGGAGCAGCGAAUUCGAUUAUCUCAAGAAGAGCAAAUCCAGAUUGAAGUCAACGCAACAAAAAUGGCCCUUAACAAAUUCAAUCGUAUGAAUCGAUUGCAAGAAGCGAUUGAAAAAGGACAUCAUGUUGCCGCCUCUGCUUGGAUGAAGCUUGCAUCACAGCUUAUAGAGAUGUUCAUGGAAGUGAGGAGCUUAUUCCCCAAAAACCGAAGAACGACUUUUAAAGGCAUUCAUACGUACAAGCGUAAAAAGUCGAUGGCAUUUGAUGACAAAUUAAUGCGUCUUUACAACUUGUAUGAGGGUAUCACUCAGACAGACAAUUCCAAACUGGAAUUGGUUUCGCAAACGGAGUACAGAGGUCUUUCAUAUGAUCAAUGGCUCUAUAUAUUUAUCCAGUACGCUAUGCUUUUGCGUCAGUUUGAUAAUAAUUUGGAAGAGGCAACACUGAUUUUAAAUGUUGCUCAGGAUGUGAGUGUUUUUGUUCAAGACAAGAACCGACUCAUGCUACUCAGAAUGGUUCGUCUAGUCAUUGCGAUAGUCCAAGAAGACUAUCCCGUAACUGUUCCGAACUACGUGCGGUGGUUACUCGUCUCUGGCCAAUUUUCACCCACCAUAUAUGACAUUUUCAUGUGUUGUUUCAGUUCUGGUAUCGCUGCAUGGGCAUCCUUCAGCAACUACAACCACCAAAAGUACUUUCUUCGGCAUGUGAAAGCUUAUGACUCUUUGCUCACAUCUACCAAAAUUUCUGGUGCCGCAAACCUCACAAGCGAGGUUAAGGGCCUUAAAUUGAGCAGGGAACACCCACAAUUACUUUACAUUUAUGCUUGUUUGUUGGGAAGCAACAGAUCCUAUUCUUCGCCUAUCGUGUACUUGACUAGGGUCUAUCGUGAAUAUUACAAAGAUCCUACGAUUUGUUUCUCAUUGGGUUUAGCUCAUGUACACAGAUCUAUGCAAAGAAACAGUUCGAACAGACACCUACAGGUCCUUCAAGGUUUGAGCUACUUAAUGGAAUAUCGUGAGGCCCGACUUAUUAAUGCCACCAUAUACGAGAAGCAAGAAAUUGAAUACAAUUAUGGUCGCUUAUUCCACAUGAUUGGACUUCCAUCACUUGCAGUCAAACAUUACGAAAAAGUUCUUGAUUUUCAUGAACAAUUAUUGGAUGAUCCGGAAUACGAUAUGCUGAUGGAGGCGGCCUAUAACCUAUCUCUCAUCUACACUAUCAACGGGAACUCCAAAAAAUCUCAGUCCCUCUAUGAGAAGUACCUAACUAUCUAA